AUAUCAGACCAAAAAGUGCUUUCGUGUCACAGAAAGAACAAUACAGUUGACGCAACAACAAAUUUCCACACACCAAACAACUCCAAAAGAAAAUCCAAUCAGAUUGGUCAGAAGCAAAACCGAUAAAGCAAGAACAAAGUGGAGAAGUUGUUGCAAUCUUGAAAAGUUCUAAAAAUAUCUACAUUUGCACAUAUAUUAAUUGGCCAGCAGUGAAGAAAGCAGAAAACACAGUAAGAGAACUCGCAAGUAGUUUGAAAGUAAAAUAUGGCAGACGAGCAACCUAAUCUUGUAGCUGGACACCCACCAGCAGUUAGGGCAGGUGGUAUGCGCAUUGUGCAACACAAGGCGCCUACAGCAGAGCGCCCAGCAAAGGAUGCCGAGGAUUGUACAGGAUUGACGCAACCAGUUGCUGUCAAUAGCACGUCUGUGAGCGGUGCUCCCGUUAAGGGCAAUAUUGAUUAUACACCACAGGCCGCACAAGUGGCCCAUUCACCUAAACCACCGGGGUUUGUUGCACAUAAGCCCCAAAUACAUAUUCAACAGCCUCGUAAAUGAGAGUAUGUGACACGCUCCUGUCGUUCAAAGCCUCAAAUUAUGCAACGUCAACAAAUGCAACAACAACAGCCACAACAGGAACAGCCAAAACAUUCCAAUUCAAAGGAACAAAAACGGGAAAAGAUUCAUUCUCAGCGUAGGCAACAGAAGCGAGAUGCGUAAAAUAUAAGCAAAGAAAUUUAUAUGAAAAAAACAUUAAAAAAUAAUAAUUUUAUAAAGCAGGGGGAACUAAACAAAAUAAGUUGCAACAUUUAAACAUUUAUUAACUAAUGCUCUUGCACUUAUUUUAAACUUAACACAAGUUUUGAAUUAUAGUUCCAAAGAAUAAUAGAAAUUUGUAGUCGUAAGACAACUAAAAUUAUUUUCGCUAGCAUUUGCACCAAUUAAAUGUAGCACCGAUAGUACAUACUAUAGUGCCGAAUUCAACAGAGCAAAAAUUCAAUAUUCCUGAAGAUAAUACUAUAUAGUAAUUUAACGUCAAAAUGUAACCGCAGUUAUUUUCAUUAAUUUCAUUCCAGUCGCAAUUAACUUUUUGAGGUACCCAGUUUUGUAGAAAGUAUACCUAUACAUACAUAUAUACAAAUAAAAGGUGAUUUUUUUAAACUAUUAUCACGAAAAA